AUGGUCAAAGAAAAACUGGCGUUUACCAAUCAAAAGAAGGCUUCCGCCACAAAGAAGCCUCAACCUAAACAGCAACAGGUUGGCCACCCAAAACUUCCAUCAUCAUUGAAUGUCUCCGGAGACGAGAACAUUUCACCUCCAUCAUCUCAUCAGCCUCCAGUAUCUGAACCAAUACCACCAAGCACCACUUUGUUGAAGUCAAACGAUACAGUAGGAGAUGAGCCAAACAAUGAGCUUAUCAACCGAAUUAACAAGGAAAUUAGAAAUUACAGAAAGCAAAUAGCAAAACACAAAAAACUUGGUGAUGAUAUUCAAAACCAAUUGGACUUUGAGGUAGUAAUGCCAACCAUUCCUGCUUCUCUCAACAAGAAAGAACUGUCUUUUGAUGAGAGUAUUGAGCGAAAAAAGAUUGAUACUCAAAUUGAAGAAGUCAAAAAGAAGGAAAAGCAACUAAAAGAUAUGAUUGAAAUUUUAGAGUCGGAGUCAAAGUCUUUGGAGACUCUCGAGUUUAUUCAAGGCUCUAUGUCCAAAAUUUUCAAUGAUUAUGAAACUCGCCAAUCGAAAUUGGAAAAAGAUGUAAAACAAUUUCAAAAAGAAAUCAAACAAAAAGAUCAACAAUUGGAAGAAACACUUCAAGCGUUGAAUAACACAAAAUACCAACUUUCGAUUCAAGCAAAUAACAAAAAAGAGAAUGUCACAAGAUUAUCCUCAUACGAACAACAGAUAAAUGAACUAACUGAGGAAAAUAGGAGACUCCAAAGUCAAAUCAAGGAAUUCGAAGCUCUUAGAGAAGAAAAUUCCAGACUAAGGUCAGACUAUUCAGACGUAAACAAAUCAUUUGAGAAUUACAAAAAUGAAACAUCGCAACAACUUUCUGACCAGCGUAAUGUUAUUGAGGAGCAAAAGAAAAUAAUUCAACAAGGAGAAGAAGCAAUUCGAAUGCAUGCAAACAGAUUUAACCAAGCCAAUAAUGAGUUAAUGAUGCUUAGACAACAAUAUUUGGAACAGGAUAAAUUCAUCAAAUAUCAACAACAUCAAAUUUCUAUGAAAAUGGAGGAGAAUAGCUCCAUUGCGAAAGAAAACAAUACUUUGAAAGAAGAAAUUUCCAAAUCGACAAAACAUAUUCAAGAACUGUUGGAGAAAAUCAAGAAUUUAGAAGUUACUGUCUCGAACCUCACAUCUUCCAACAAAAAAUUGCAAGAAAAACUCCAGAAAACAGAAUCAGAGUCUCAAUCCACUAUUCAACAAUUAGAGGAGCAGUUAAAACAGCGUCCUGUGGUUGCAUUCCCUGUGAAGUUCGAAGAGGAUAUCAUUAACGAUGCAAUGGACCAAAAGAGAGCAAAGGAUAUUGUAGAGCUCAUACAAGUUUUGAACUUUUUCAAUAUUUCCCAUCCAGACUCUUUCGAAAGGAGGUCAAUGUUCCUAUCUGACCAAAUGGCAAUGAGUCAAUCUGGAAAGGAAGUUUCAAUUCUUACUCAUGGAGAUUUUGCUGCUCUAGACUCUCUUACUCGCUCAUUAUUUGGACAACAUCAAACCAUUGAUCAAGUUGAAGCAUCUGUCAUGGAUGGUGUUCAAAAGUUAGAGAAGAUUUUGAAUAGAUGUGAAAAGGAAUACAUCCUUGACUUGUCCUACAAAGUGAUAGCUCAACAAAUUAGAGAGUUGGCCUCCUCACACAUUUACCUCUAUGGAAAAACACUUUAUCCAUAUAUUUCAUCGAGUUUUGAUAGCAACCCACUUUCCUCAAACAAUGCCAUGUUCAAUGCUCAAGGCUAUAAUAUUAAGAUGGACGAUUCAAGCAUGUCUUCAACCACAAAGCUCAAGAGCAAUUUUAUGAACAGCGAAAUUACAGCUGCUACCAUGCCAACCACAACAACAUCAACCACAUCUCCACCUUCCACCAACUUUGACACCAAUACCUCUUCCAACAUUAAUAUAACAUAUGAUGUGCCAAUCAGUGUUACAACAUCUCCUUCCAGCACUGAAGCAUCAAACUGGAAAAACAAUGAUGCAGCUUUACUCACAGUUCCAAGCGCUCCAACAGAGCAGGAAAUUGGACAAUUAUCUUCCUCACCAACAAAUCCCAAUGUUUUUGAAAGUUCUGAGAUUCAAGAAAGCCAUGAAUCCAACAUUGAACCACCAAAUGUGCCCUUAGAGAGUCAGGUGCGAUUGUCACCUUCUGCUCCUUCUCCAACAAGCGAAAUUGAAGAAUUAGUACCAUCCUCGGCGAACAUCAUCAACAAGAAAACAACGAAUUAUUCGAGAGGAAGAGGACGAGGAGCAUAUGGCAGUCGAGGAAGACAGAGAAAGCUUUUUGUGCGAACAGAAACUAAACAAUAA